AUGUACACGGCAGAUGUGCUUCAAGAUUAUGUUCAACAGAGCAUAGAAUCUGGGCUGCUGUCACCAAAUCAAGAGUACAUCCAACACAGUGUCGAGCCGGAACUCCCACCACCGAACUGGGCACGCGAGUCGACGCCGGCACAUGUGGUCCGCUCAUCUACCCCAUCUCCGUUCUCCAGGCAAGGUGCAGAUGUGGAUGUUGAAAUGCGAGGCGCUUCCGGAACGAUUUUGCCAGGGGACCUGGGCCGGGAGCUCUCGCUCCCGCCACCGACCUCCCAACCUGACUCUGUCGUUAGCUACCGCCCCGCCGUGUCUCCAGUCAAGCCCGCCCUUCCCCCAAUCCCAGAUAGUGGUUCUGCAAUAAAGCAGCCAAAACGCGGCGAGCGGAGAAAAUCCGCCGUGCAGGGCUCAAAGGUUGAGAAGCGCUCCGUAACGGGGUCAACGACGAAACCGAAGAGUCGAAACGUAACUUGGAAGUCAACAGCCUCAGUUGGCAAGUUAGUCAACAAGGCCAAGAAGAAGACCAAAGAAGUCGCUGAAAAUGCUGAAGGAGGAGGACAGGGACAACCGACGGCCACAAGCAAAGAUGGCGGCAAGGUCGCGGCCGCGGUGGCAAAGAUCGAGCAGCAAGUCAAACAGCAAGACGAGGAGAAGAAUCUGAAGCAGAAGGACGGGACGGCGGUGAGAAGGAGUCGACGUGCGAACAAGAGAGUGCGGACUUCGCUUGGAUAUACUUGA